AUGGCCAGCUGUCGUAUGAAUUGCAUCUUUUUGUGUUGCGCAGUAGCGUUUCAGUUUAUUGGUUUCAUAGACGCAACUGAUUGUAGCUUUUCUCAGCCAGCAGAAUUACUUCGUGACAAUGCUCUCGUUACCUGCAACCUGGAUAUCCAUAAUUUUGGACCUACGGAGGUAGCAUGCCCGCGCAGGGUCAAACACAGCGAAUACGUGUGGCAUCCUCAACCAGAUUCAAACGAACGGGCUUUUACAAAAACAUACGUAGUUGAAAACGGAAUUUUUCGUUCUGUUGCUCUUUCAGAUGUAUUAAAACGCGAAACUCCAGGGUUUUAUAUCCACACUGAAUCAAAUGAGUCAUCUCGUAUAGUCAAUAUUUACCUACGAGAAGAAGAUUUAUAUGCAAUCACAGGACGCCGUGCGAUAUUUAUCUGUGGGCCAAGAGAUUUGGUUUUGACUGACACGCUGCAGCGUCUCCUUGACGGCAUCGAUGGUACCAUCAAAGCUCAAAGUUUCCCGUGGACUCCAGCCACUCCAUUGUCUCAGGAGAUUGCCAAGAUAGGCAGUGGUUUGGGGAUAUUUUACUUGAUCAGAGGGCGUAAACACAUGCCGCUUCAAGGCUGCGGUAACCUCCCCUCACCACUCUUUGCCGCUGAUCAUGAGGUUACUGUGGAUCCCAUCAGUCGUGAAACUUCAUGUGUGGUGGAUCCCAUGUCAGAAGCGCGCAUUGGUUUUCUUUGUAGCGGCAGGAUUGAACCCCCUGGUUGCAUGAGGUCACUAUUAGAUAGUAAUGGUAACCCUAUGCGUGUGCCGUCACCAUACCCGCUUUUAAAUACUUCUCUUCACAAACAGUGGGUGGUAGCUAAAUAUUUCACAUUUCGAUCUUUACCGCCAAUUAAUGGAGAAUGUAAGUGCAUACAUCCGAAAACUGGUCGGGUGAGUGCAAGGAUAGAAGUCCGCUCGAAAACUGACUACAUUUGUGACAUUGCUAGCAAAAUAUUACGUAACCGAUCUCAACCAAUCAGCGGCCCGUGGUGUUCGGUAGUGCUUCAUCCGGGAAGCACACUAACAAUCAAAUUUCCAAUAAAUAAUUCUAAUCUGGAGGCUCCCAAGGAGGGGGAUCCCACUGUCACAUUCUCGCAAAUGAUGUCUCUCCAUGAAUACCAGACUGAAUUUCAGCCAUAUAACUUGAAUACCCUGAGACAAGUGACCUCAGGACAUGACGUUGAUACGUACAACGAAAUCCCGUACCACGACGCUCUUGUCGGUGAUGCUCUCGAGUUGGAUGUUUCUCAAAUGCAACGUGGCGAAGUAAAACUGAAGUACCACGUCGACAAACCUCUCUCGUUAAAACGUGGAACCAAUGCGUUUCGUUAUCAUUUGACUUUGACAUCAAGAGACGAGCAUGUCCUACACAGAAUACAAGCCAUUGUCAAUAUUUCCUUCGCGUUUACUCAUUUUUAUAAUAUGGUUGGAUGCGACCGGGGGACACCAAGUCUGUUUAAUCCAGAAAAGAGUAAACGUCGUUGUUCAACGAAAUCUAUGGAGAACGGUAUAGGUAGUGUCUAUGAAUGUCUCUACUACGAAUCCAAAGAUUUUGGUUGGGCUGGCAUUCACUGCGGGCCGGAAGAGGAACUGUUGCCGGACAAUUGCGCCUCCGUUGGAUACGAUCUAUACUCAAAUCGAAUAAUGGCAUUUCCCCGCAUCCUGAGGUCUGAGACUUCUCACCCCAUUGGAGGGUUCCAGACGUUCAGCAUAGGUUUUCAAGACGACGCUAUUGGCUACGCUUGCAUAUGUGUCGAUAAACGUGGAUACGAAACAUCCAAACUAAUUCUAGAGUUUAAGAAUCACACUGCCCGCAGCUACGAAGUAGAACGCGCACAACGAUCUCAGACAUCACUUUCUCACAUGUUGCUGCCUUGGCACAGAACCGGAUCAUCAAUAGAAGGAUCCGCAUUACCCGAAUAUCUUAUGAUACAUUAUACACCAGAGGAAGCCUUCACCUUAGAAGCAGGUGAUACGUUGUCACUGUAUUGUGAAAUGGAUUUGGGUGCGCUCCACAUAAUUUCAAUGCGUUUAAACCGUAAUCUUAACCCAAGGAAAAAAACAUUGAAAUGGUUUCCGGAACAACCUGAUGAAUUUUAUUAUAUAGUGGAAGAUACGCCAAACGGAUCAGUGUUGGUUCGCAGGAGCUACAAUGAUUCAAUAGCUACUACACCGGGUGCAUUGGAAGUCGUUCAUCGAGCAAAUACCAAUAGUGUUAGGUUUCCCGAACUGACAAUAAGAACACGUAGAAGCGGCAUUCUUAUAUCAAAGGAUCCAACUAACACGAAAUACGUACCCAUGACGUUUGUCUGCGGUAAUACACCCAAACAAACGGAUGUUACCAUUGCACCUGGUAAUGCAUCGACCUCAGACGCAUCAGCGCAACCCACUUCUAAUAUAAUGAGGUCAUCCACGCCAUACGUUUGGCACGUCGUGGAUAUCGACUUAGAAACCACUGACCCCUACAUGCAAGGCUGUGGUGUUACGUAUUCGUCAACUGAGUUAUUCAAGCCCGAGACACCCAAGCUCUACGAUGCUGAUGGAGAGCUUCAGUUCGGUUGCCAGAUCGACAUUCAGACUGCUAAAGAAGCGGCGUUCUACUGCCCAGCGCCGUAUGUCCUGGACCCACCCAACUGUUUCAACCAAGUUUACGUUGAGGAUGAAGUGAAGAAUUUGAGUGAAAUAAGCCAGUCGAUGAUUGCAUCAGCAUCCAACCACUUCGUCAUCUUGAACUUCGACAGUGCGCGUAUAGGACCCGGGGAGACCCUGCGGCAAACGCCUCCGUUGGAGUGCCGCUGCGUCACCGUUAAGGGUGUCACCCUCUCCACCAUCAAGGUCGAGAACUACUACGCCAAGUAA